AUGGUUAAACCUAAUAAAUCGAAGCGUGGCGAGGAUCGACCAACUGGGGAUGAUUACGGUUUUAACGAAGUUGAUAGCUUUGCUAAAAAACGAGAAAAGAUUCUGUUAGAUGAGGCCAGAAUUGAAGAUGAAAUGUCGGAAGACGACGAAAGAUUGAUGGAAGACGACGAAGAGGAAGAGGUUUUGGGUGUCGAGGAGCACUCUGGUUCGGAAGACGAGGAGCUUGAUGGACAAAAGGCAUACAGGGAAGUUUUUGGUCGAAAUCUGCAAGUAGAUGGAAGUGAAAACGAAGACGGAGGAGACAUGUUGGAGAACGAAAAUGCUUGGGGUAGUACUAAGAACGAGUACUACGGUGCAGAUGACUUGGAGGAUGAAGAAGAUGCGAAAGAAAUUGAACAGGAAGCACUUCGGCAGCAGAAAAAGCAUCUCGAGGAUUUGAAUAUGGGCGAUUAUCUGGACGAGGGUCUGGAUGAGGAGUGGGAAAAAAAUGCUAAAGAGUUCGAUGUGGCGCAAUUUCAAGCUUCGGGUGCAGCCAGCGCUUCUGAAGCUGUAGGAAAGGAUGUUUUCAAGAUGUCAACUGAAGCAAAGCAAGAACUGUUGAAAACGUCAUUUCCUGAGUUUUUCCCUCUAGCCAACGAGUUGGCAAGUCUGGUACCGCUGUUAGAAGACCUUAAGGUAAAUACUGGGUCAUCUGCAGUAAGCAGAAUCAAAGCAUUGGCUUUAUCCGCUUACCUGGGCACUGUGGUAUCAUAUUUUUCAAUAUUAAGGCAUGAAUUCGAUACCAACGAGGAAUUUCACACAAUGAAGCAUCAUCCAUUAAUGGAGAGUAUUUUGAGCUGCAAAGAAAUUUGGAGGCAAGCACAAGAACUUCCGGAGGUAAAUGAUGGCGCAAGUCAGGAUAACGACGAGGAGCAGCUAUCUGAGGAUGAAAUUUUAGAACAUGGCGGUAUUGUUGAAGAGCUCGAUGAGAAGCUCUUGCAAACUGACUCAGAUCAGGGAGAGCUUGAUUCUGAGGCUGAGGCCGAAGGUGAGGUCGCAUCUGACAACGAUGAAGAAGACUUUGAAAUAGAUGUAAGCAGGCCACGUUGGACAAAGGCUCCAGAUAACAGAGCUCUCAAUAGCGAAAUGGACGAUUUUGUUGAAGAUGAGAUCGCAGACGUUGAUGCUCUAGACAAGAAGGCUAGAAAAAAGACCUUACGGUUCUACACUUCGAAAAUUGAUCAGCAGGAAAACAAGAAAGGGGAAAAGUUUAAAGGUGACGAUGACAUACCCUACAAGGAAAGACUCUUCGAGAGGCAACAACGACUCUUGGAAGAAGCGAGAAAGCGUGGGCAACAAGGGUCAAAGGAUGCUGAACUUGACGGUAAUGAUCUCGAUUCUGACGACGAGAAUACAGCCAGUGCUCUUAAGAGGGCCUUUUCAACAGAUUAUUAUGCUCAAGUACAAAAGGCCAGACAAGAUAGAAAAGAUUCUAGACAGCAGGCCCAUAAACAGGCUCUCCUUGCCGCAAGAGAAGGCGGAUUGGCAGAGCUUGCAGACGUUGUUGGGCAAGAUGGCAAGCGUGCUAUUAACUAUCAAAUAUUGAAGAACAAAGGUCUUACGCCGAAGAGAAAAAAGGAUAACAGAAACUCUCGUGUUAAGAAGCGGAAGAAGUUCGACAAAGCAAAGAAAAAGCUCAAAUCCGUGCGUGCUGUUUACUCAGGUGGUCAAUCCAGUGCUUACGAAGGUGAAAAGACAGGUAUCAAAAAGAAUGUUACGCGGUCGGUCAAAUUCCGGUCGUGA